UAUAUCUUUUCAUCUACUUGCCAUCAUUGUUCUAAAGAAUCUUGUUAUUUUCUAUUUUUAUUCAAAAUAAAGUAAAUUCAAAAUAAAUGUAGUUUUCUCAAAAAUUUAAUAUGGAACUACAUACUAUCAUUUGAUAGUUCAUAGAUAUUAUGUAUAUAAUAUAGUUCAGGAAUCUUUGGCGCAGACCGGCAAAUAAGUAGGUCGUUAUCUAGGGUUCUUCGCUACGGAGCCGGGGUAAUAGGGGCUCGUUAUAAAGUAGGUGCUCAACUGAUUCCAUAAAAAUGUCAGCGGAACAGGCCCAAAGAUCUUCACCAAGACGUCAUGCACCUAAAAAGCAAGAACAGCCAGCAAAGAACAGUUCUAAAGGUCACCUAAAAGUACAUGUUUCUGGGUUUCCUCCUUACACCAGAGUGGAAGACUUAAAAUAUGUAUUUGCUGCGUACGGUCACGUCAAGGUUAAAUUAUUAAAGAAGUAUGCCAUUAUUACUUUGCCCGACCAAGAUAGUGUUCUCGAUGCAAUUGCGCACUCAAAGAAGAUUUCCGUCUACGGCUCAUUUCUGACAAUAAAGCUUGACAAUGGGGAAUCCCCGGCCAAAAAAAUUGACCGAUUUGUGCGAAGCAAGGAAAAGAGCGCAAUAAUAGAGCCGAAAGAGAUCGGGCUGAAGGGUGACUUCGAUCAAAAGUUAGAACAGGUGUUGGACGCCGUCAGACUCACGCGGGACGAGGUCCUCAACAUCUCUUCGCUCUACGUGGACCUCGAGACCGCCCUGCGGACUGUUUGGCCAGACUGCUGCGCUGUCCCGUUCGGGUCCAUCACGACGGGGCUGGGCAUCAAGAGCAGCGACGCGGACUGCUUCGUUCGGCUGCCGGCAGGGCUGCGAGGAAACGACGCCGCCCACGUCUUGCGCACCAAGCGGCUGCUGCAGCUCUACCCCGACGUGUUCGCCGAGGUCUUCGCCAUCCCCAACGCACACACGCCCAUCGUGAAGUUCUUCCACUUGCCCACGAAGACCACCUGCGACGUGUCCUUUAAGACCCCGCUGGGCUCGCAGAACAGCCGCCUGGUGGCCUUCCUGCUGCAUUCGGACGCUCGUCUGCUGCCGCUCGCCGUCGUCAUCAAGUACUGGGCCAAGGUGCACCAGCUGUCGGGCACCGGCAAGCUGACGAACUACGCGCUGACGACGCUCCUCAUCUUCUUCAUGCAGCGGCUGGGAAUCCUGCCCUCGGUCGAGAGCCUGCAGCGGGGUCGCGAGGACAUCGUGGACGGCUGGAACACGGCCUUUUCGACCGACCCCCCGCCGCCCUCGCCGGAUUCGGCCUCCAUCGAGGAACUCCUCGGCGGGUUCUUCGAGUUCUACGCCGCCUUCGACUUCAACAAGUUCGUCGUCUGCCCGUUCUUGGGCAGAGAGAUCGAGAAGGCCGCCUUCGCGAAUCCCGCCUCCCUGCCCGACGCCUUCGACCGAUACAAGCGAAACGUCGAGAGCGGAGCGGCCCACCCGAUCAAGUUCUCCACCUCCAUCUGCAUACAGGACCCCUUCCAGCUGUGCCACAACGUGAGCAGCUCGAUCAGCGGGAAACUGGCCGAUGAGCUGCCGCAGUACAUCAACUUCGCGGCGACGGCCUUUCGGGCAUCCAGAGCAGACUUUCUCGACACGAUUCUGUUAAAGAAACCGCAGAUCGCGGUGGCCGACAAGAGCAAGAUCAGGGCCGUGGUGCACUCCAAGGACUUGGACAGGGUGGUCGGCGACGAGUGGAAGGCCAUCAUCAAAAACGUGAUACGUAUCCUCUUCGAAGACAUCUGCCGCUCGACGCUCGCCGUCCUGGAGACCGAAGAGAGACCCCGGGCGAAGAGACAGAUAGAGCGCUACGCCGUCACUCUGACGAAAGCCAUCUGGAACAGGAAGAGAUUGACGAAACUCAACAAGCAUGCGGGAGGCACUUUCCUAGAGAAACAGAUAAACAUUUCCCAACAGAUAAUAGACACCUGCGAGAAGACGCCGCACUUGAAGAUGCGCCUGGUCCUCAGCUUCCCUCAAAAUUCCCGAGUCACGUCGGUCUACAUCGAGUUCGUCGACGGUGAAAAGGCCGAUUUCCAACAGUUCGGAAAGAUGUUCCGGCUCAUGAUGAACGGUUGGUUCUUCGAGUUGGUGAAACCUUUUCUGCCGCCCGCCUCCGAGAAUAAGAGUACCAGAACGCCCAGAGGAAGCGUGAGUAACGAUCUGGACAAAAGUGACUCGAUCCAAUCGGACGACUUAUCAGAAGCAUUCCAAGAAAACUGUUCAGUGAGUGAAGCUUCUAAAUAACUGUGAAAUUCAUUUGGAAAUUGGAUUAUUUUUAUUUUUUUGUAAAGCUCUCUCUCUCUCUCUUAUAAAAGUUUUGAUUGUUGACUUCUGUUGUGUCGGUGGUAUACGAUAUUGCGACCUAAUUAUUUUGAACAACUUUAAGCGUCGAGGCCUGUGAACCUGAAGAUCUUAUUUCUUCAAUUUGCAUGAAAAUUAAUGUUCGCGUCGACAAAUUUUCAUACAAAUCAUGUUUUCGACUUCCCAUACUACUACUGUUGAGGCCUGUUGACUAAACCCCUUUAACACAUGUCUGCAUUAAAAUUGAACAUUUUCAUAAUACUAGAUUCGUCCUGGAGUAUAUAGUUUUUUGACGCCAAUCUCUAAAUUUACUAAAUAUUUAAAGGUUUCGCUGAGUAAUUAAAACAAUUUGCUGUCGUAAUGUCUAGAUUAUCGCUGCUAUUGCGAUGGAACUUAGAGUUUUUCAGAAUUAAAAAUUAUCUAUGAAUUUGAAUAUUUAAAUUAUCAUCACUAAGCUUUUGACCUGCCACAUACUUGAAUGCUUAGAAUAAGCUUGAAUUAGAAGAUAUUAAAAGUGUAAAAUAGAAAGAUAGUGAGUCGUGCGAUGUCGUAAGUACAGUUUUACCUUCCUAACCUCGUCCUUACUAGAUUUUUGACCUAGGAAAUUAUUCUCAUGGAAAAAUGUAUUGUAAAUGUAUGUUUAUCGUAGGUAUUAAAAUAAUAUUUUUUUAA